AGUUUUGAAGCUCUUGCCAAAAAUUUUGAAAUUUAUGUAUUUUGAAGUUCGAAUAAAAAUCUUACGAGUCUACUAUCAUCUAAUAUAUGUCUUUCGGGAUUGUUAGUGACAAAAAACCGUGCAUUUAAGUGAAUAUAUAGCAUUCUGUUGUGAUAAGAAAGUGUUCGUAGUAUUCGCACGUUGCAGGUUUGCCAGGUGCCAUAGGUAGUUCUGUAGUUCGACGAACGCGCCUUGUUGCCGGCAAUCAUGGUUAAUCUUAAGCAAUGCAAAAAGUGCGAACAAAGCAUAGCAAAGUCUAGCCUAAAGUUGCUAUGCGGAGAUUGUAGAGGCUAUUAUCACCUUAGAUGUGGAAAAGUCGAUGAAGUCGAUGCAAGAAUAAUGAUAGAAAACAAGGCGCCGUGGAGGCGUCCCCUAUGCGAGAACGACAUUGAAAUCGACAAUCUGCGAAAAACACAACAACGCAAAUCCCUUCUUGUAACCCAACAGUCAUCUUCGCCAUCGAGAAGUACAGAGGAGCUAGAGUUAAAAGAGAUGAUCAGAGACUUACAGAAGGAAAUGCGUGAGUGUAGGAAAUCUGUGGAUUUUAUCAGCCAAAUGUAUGAGGAAGAAAAAAAACGAACCAAGGCCCUUUCCGUCAUGGUAAACGAGAUUUCUAGAGAAAAUCGGACCUUGAAAGAAGAAGUGGAGAAGCUCAAAAGUGUACGUAACAAGGAAGAGAAUAAGAAGCUUGAUAAAAACCUGUGUAUCACUGGCCUGAUAAGUGAUGAGAGCGACAAGGAAAAUUUGCAAAACAAACUGCACUCUCUGUUUCAGGCUUUAGAAGUGACUGUGCCAGAAUCUGAGUACAAAGUUCUUGAAAACAUUGAGACAAGAAACGGGAUGAAGACUGUUAUUUCACUGGAGAAUAAGGACAAAAAAUACGUCAUUCUGAAAGCCCGUGCGAAGAAAGGAAAAAUUACGACAUCCAGCGUUGGCGUUGGUGACGAAAAUACGCCUAUCUAUAUCAAUGAAGAUAUGUCCAAAGAUACCUACACGCUUUUUAAAAAGGCAAAGGAACUUAAAAAUGUGGAUUAUAAGCAUGUAUGGCAUCGUGAUGGGAAAAUCUUGGCGAGGAAAAAUGAUAAUGAUAAACCAGUCCACAUAAAAAAUGAAGCUAUGUUAGAUGAACUUUUAGGUUAG